AUGAGGUUCCUAUCCAACCUCUGCCUUCUUGCGUUUGCAGCUCUAGCUGUGUGCGCCUCGCUCGAUGCUGAGCUCACCUCGGUGGGUGGAUCUGCCAUGGAGGUCAAGUUGACCAACACGGGCUCUUGCGCCGUCAACCUGUUCAACAAAGGCACCCUUCUUGGUGACGUCCCCACCCAGAAGAUUGUUAUGACUUCCGACGGCAUUCUGCUUCCUUUCGAGGGCGUUCGGUUCGCCGCUCCCCGCCCUGGAAAUUACAGCGCCGACUACUUCUCUCACCUUCCCGUUGGCGAGUCGCUUACCGUCCGCUUCGACGCCGCUGAGGAGUAUGACCUCGGCGCUGGUGGCAACUUCACAGCGGUUGCACUUGGCUUCAUUCCCUACGCCGAGGGUUACUCAACGCUCCUCAACGGCAGUACCGUAGCCUACCACAGCAACGACGUUCAGGUUGAGCUUCAACAGGCUCUAGCCAACUCGACCAAGACAGCUCGGAGUAGGUUCAUCUCGGGAGUCGAUGUCAAGGACAGUUGCGAAGGAGAUCUCCUCACCCGAGUAGAGGCUGCUAUCAUCGGCGAUGGUGGCUGUACAGAACAGGCAGACAAAGCCGCUGACGAUGCCGGCUCCGACGAGGCGAGCGACUUGUUCAAGCAGUUCUUCAACACCGAGGACCAAGUCUUCAAGGACAGGGUUUCUGAGCGCCUCCGUGCGAUUGCUGACGAAUGCGAAACCAUCGAACAAGGCCCGGUCAAGUUCCACUGUGAGGACGUCCUUGGUUUCUGCAAGAUCGACAACGGCGAAUGGUCUGCUGCCUACGCCUUCGAUGCAUACCAUAUCGUAUGCCUGUGUGACGUAGCUUUCGAUUUACCGUCGCUCACCCAGACAUGCCACGAUCUCGAUCUGACUGGGGUCAUGAUCCAUGAGCUCUCACACUUGUCCCGCGUAUUCAGCCCGGACACCCACGACUACGCAACCGAAUGGCCUAAUGCAGCCAACUUGCCAGCGGACAUGGCAACCGAGAACGCGGACACGUACCGACUCUACGCUCAAGCCGUCUAUCUCGGAUGUCCUGUCGAGGAUGAGGCGGCCAACGACAAUGAGGAGAGCACGACCAACGACAACGACAAAUCAAAGUGA